GGCGGAGUGGGAGCCGGCGUGGCCGUGAGUUUGGGCGACGUGAGAGCGUGCGUGGACCGUGGAAACUCGGGGAGUAGAAACUUCGCGCCAAUAGGCAUCUGACGACUGAUGUCGUCUCGGAGGUAAAAUAACUUAACCCGUUUCUCCGUCUCAUCGCACAGUGAUUUUCCAGCUUUCUGACAAGGAUCGCUAACAGAGCCCUUUUCCUCUUGCAACCUCUUCGCUGCACAAGCCAUAUGAACUGUCGUUUCGAAUACGCUUGCUAUCUGUCUGGCGGACCAUGAUGCAGGUACUGUGGAAGCGGAGUGCCGCUCGCCAUGGCCCGCCCAGCCCUCGUCAGCGGGCUGCUGCUGCUCAGCUCGUUACUGCUGGUAUCCGGAGACCACCCGUCGGACACGGCGGAUCCAGGCGCGGACCCGGUGGACCCGGCGCGGUGCCGUCUGACGGGAUCCGGUCUCCGGCCGGACGAGGUCGUACUCCCGGCCCGCUACUUCUUCAUACAGACCGUCGACAAGCACGGCAACGAGUUGACCUCCUCCCCUGAGGGUGUGUUCGAGGUCAGCCUAUCGGGGGACUCGGCCCGCGGUCCCUGCCACGUCAACAUGCAGACCCUGGACCGGCACGACGGAACGGUGAUGGUGCGGUACAGGGUGUUCGUGACCUGCCGGAACGCCGUGCUGAGGGUGCUCUACAGAGGGCAGCACGUGGCCGACAGUCCGUACAAGAUAGACGGUCCGAUAUACGCCGAGGAGUGCCCCUGUCCGGUGGACUCGCUGGAAGACUGGCUGGCCAGCGCCGGCUGUCCGGCCUCCCACCCCCAGAUCGAGCGCGACCUCAGACCGUACCACAACGUCGACUUCGACAGCGUGCUAGCGGCGGCCACCAGCCAGUUCUCACACGCCGGCAGCCAGAGCUUCUGCAACUACGUCGUCAAAGACAACCAGAUCCACCGCCGCUGUUACGGCAAGUACGUGGGCUUCCACAUCUUCAUGGACGCGAUCCUGCUGUCGCUGACGCGGAAGGCGCGCCUGCCCGACCUGGAGCUACUCAUCAACCUGGGCGACUGGCCGCUGGUGCGCUCCGAGAAGCAGCUCGACCUGCCCAUGUUCAGCUGGUGCGGCUCCACGGAGACAGACGAUAUCGUCCUGCCCACCUACGAGCUCACAGAGGCGUCCGUCGAGUGCAUGGGGAGGGUGAUGCUAGACAUGCUGUCGGUGCAGAGCAAGGAGCACGUGCCCUGGGAGCAGAAGCAGAACAUGAGCUUCUGGCGGGGCCGCGACUCGCGCCGCGAGCGGCUGCGUCUGGUCGACAUCUCUCGGGAGCGGCCGGACCUGGUGGACGCCGCGCUCACCCACUUCUUCUUCUUCAAGGCCGAGGAGAAGACGUACGGCCCCACACAGCCCAGGAUCUCGUUCUUCGACUUCUUCAAGUACAAAUACCAGCUGAGCGUGGACGGCACGGUGGCGGCCUACCGGUUCCCGUUUCUUCUGGCUGGAGGAUCUCUGGUGGUCAAACAAAAGUCCGACUACUACGAGCACUUUUACAACGAGCUGAAGCCAGGAAUACACUACCUGGAGGUGGCGCACGACCUCAGUGACCUCGUGGAAAAAUUGGAAUGGGCCAAGGCCCAUGACGCCGAGGCUCGGAGGAUGGCCGAGGCCGGCAGGUGGUUCGCUCAGCAGAACCUGAUGCCUCUCGACAUCUACUGCUACCACGCCGUCGCCUUCAAGGAGUGGGCCACUCGUCUCCGGUCCCCGGUGCGCGUCCGGGAGGGAAUGGAACCGGUCACUGCGCCGGACCAUGACCGGCGGUUCGGCGACUGCGAGUGUCACCGAAGCCGACCCCGGGACGAGCUGUGACCUGACCGGUCACCGGGCGACAGCCGGUGGAAGGUCCACUCUGAGGGGCCCCGGAACUGGCCUCUCAACACACCUCAGUCAUCAGUCAUCGCCGAUCUGUUCAACAUGCGCCGAGCGCGGGCUCUGGUCAGUCAUCGGCCUGCGUGCUGAUGUCACCUCCGCAGAACUGUCACCACCAAUGGCGAGCUCGUCACCCGCCGUGCACCUCCGGUGACCGCCCGGUGGCUGGCCAUGAACCGGUUGAAACACAGGCGUGGUUUACUCUGCUGACUGCUCCAGACUAAAUCAGACUGGCGCGAUGUGAGCCAGAUGCGCGUGCUAUGUCGGGGCCGCCACGGGGGCUGGUCGGGCCGGCUGCACAGGGGCGCUCAGGGGUGUCUUCGAGAAGUCUCUGUCUGUCGUGGCAGACUGGCGGUGGUUUACCGGAGUGGUUAGGGAGGGACUGGGAAGUCACUUGGGCAGGAGACGCAGUGUCCGCAUAAUCUAGGGUGAGCUGGUAUUGCGAUCGAAGUCUGGUGGAUAGAAGUGCGGCGUUGAAAUAAUGUAGAAUGCUGCAGAACCCGUAAUCGGAUCGAUGUCACUCAACAAUAUCCUCUGCAGCGUGGAAUUGGAUUGCAAAAAGGUCUUCCAGGGCUGGCGGCGGAUGUUUUGAAAAAUGGACCGUUUGGGAAUGUGCAGAUUCAGAUUGUUAGUGCUGAAGAACUAUGCUGUUAUAGCGUAAACGGUGACUCGUGCCGACUCGCGUGUUUCACGGUAGUGAUGUCUCUUUUCUUGUCAGGGAGAUUGCGAACUCUGCACUUUGCUCAUCAGUUAGGUUUCACUGUUCAAGAAGUACCUUAGCGUUCUAACUCGGUGGGCUGUAACGAUGACCAGGUCACGACAGGGCAGUAUUUUAAGUGGUCCAAACAUUAAUACUCAGUACUCACUUGUGCUUCGUAGGCUGAAUCAUCUUUUCAAGGUAUGACUGUUGUGUUGAGUGAAGUGGGAAUGCGCACACAGUUAUGUAUCGCUCCGUAUUGUAAAAUGCGGCAGGAUGUAACGUUUCACAAUUGUUACUCUUACACACGCAGGUAUUGCUUUGGGUAGUAUUCUGUAUGCUGGUUUUGUAUUUAAUGAAUACAUUUAUCUAUUUGUAAUA